UUACAUUGUUCUGUCAGAUGGUAAAGGGCCCAAUACCUCCAAAUUACGCGACUCUUGCAAACAUUCUACCUGUCUUUUCUUCUUAUCGUAUUGGGAAAGAAAUUCACUGUUUUGUACUGCAGAGGGCAGAGUUGUCGGCGAAUGUUUUUGUCUCGAAUGCUCUUGUAAGCUUCUAUCUGAGGGUUGGACAGUUACAAGACGCUGAAAAUUUGUUCAAGGGGAUGAUUGUUAAAGAUUUGGUUUCAUGGAAUGCUAUUAUAUCUGGAUAUACCUCAAAUGGCGAGUGGAUGAGAGCUUUAGAAUUGUUUCGUGAAUUUCUUUCUAAGGAGACAGUUGGACCCGACUCGGUAACUAUUCUCAGUGUUCUUCCUCUCUAUACACAUUUACAUAAUUUGAAAGGGUGCAAGCAGAUUCAUGGAUGGUCGAUUCCAAGCUCGAUUCUUCGAUCUGUUACAUAGAAUGCAUAACCAACAAGUAAGUCCCGAUUCCUUAACACUGUUAGCUAUAGUUCAAUUAUGUUCAACUGUUCUCGACUGCAGAAUGAUUAAACAGGCUCAUGGUUUUAUAAUAAGACAUAAUCUCGUGCAAUUAAAUUCCGAACCUACCCUCGGGAAUGCAGUUAUCGAUGCGUAUACACGACACUGUAACAUGUAUUACGCGUUGAAGGUUUUUGAAGUUGUUAAGAGGAAUGUGGUUACAUACAAUUCAAUCAUUUCAGGAUAUAUGAUGUGCGGGUUAUACGAUGAAGCACAUAGUGUGUUCAAUAAUAUGCCUGAAAAGGAUAUCACUUCUUGGAAUCUGAUGAUACGCUUAUAUUCUGAAAGUGGUUGCCAUGACAAAGCUAUUAGUCUCCUUCGGAGGAUAAUAAAAGAUGAA